UAAAGCGAGUGAGAGGCGGAGGCCAACGAGCCAGAGGACCGGCAAGUAGCGAGAGCUAACCCCGGUCGCGCAUCAUCCCCCGGAUCGCUGGCGGACGCAUCGCGAGCAUUGGCGUCGGAUUACCCGGCGGUCGGUUAUCCCGCUGGCGCGACGUUCGCGUACAGUAACCGUCAGGCCGGCGACGGCAGCAGCGGAGGCGGCGCCGGGAACGGAGUCGGGUCUGCCGGAGUGCCGGGGGGCCCGCCCAGGGGGGUGAUGAGCUGCUCCGAGGUUAUGUAUCAAUACUAUCCGUAUCUCUAUCAGAGGCCACCACCGCCCCAUCCCCAUGCGGCCCCGCAUCCAAGUGUCGCCCACGCUGGUAACCCUCACACGGCCCAUCACAGUCCUGCGAGGCCUGCGCCCUUCCAGCCCUUCUCCACGGCGGCACCGAGCCAUCAGUACGACAGGAUCAAUGUUAAUCAGCGUUCACUAGAAUCAGCGGGCCUGGAGCUGUGCGACGCCGGUGGCGGUGCAGGUGGUGGUGGUGGUGCCGGCGGCGGGGCUGGAGGAAACGGAGCGUCGGGUGUACCUCAAGGUCAAUCGAGCAGCGCAGGCUCCAUAGGCUCAGCGCCAAGCCCUGCCUCGCCCAGGCCAGCCCCUCAGCAUCGGCCACCACUCACCACUUCGUCCCAAUCCUCGAGAAACCUCGAUGAUGACAGAUCUACUGAUGCAGUUGGACCUAAUGCUACAACAGAUGAUUCUGAUGAUAGCGAAAGUAGAGCACAAUAUGUUAGUGCAAAUUGUGUAGUUUUUACUCAUUAUCGAGGAGAUGCAGCAACAGAAGUCGAAGAACACUUUCAGAGGGCGCUCGCACAAGAUAAGCCGAAAGAUAACAAUAACCCUAUGAUAACAAGAAACUUCCCAGCCUCAUUCUGGAAAAGUCAUCACGAAGUUUAUGAAUAUACCGAUCCUUGGCAUUCACAUUAUACUCAAUAUCACCCUCGGUAAGUGACAGAAGCGCACCAUUUCCGCGUGUCGGCCGCAGAAAGCUACAACAGUCGCCUGCGGAACCGCAGCCUCGGACAUCCGACCACACAUCCAGGCGUUCCGCACCACGCGCAUACCGCUGCCACUUACAAGGAUUGGACGUCGGCGACACCUUCACAGUCGCUCGUCGAUGCGUCCUCAGCACCACCCUAUCCCCAUGGCCCUUACGCGCCCCUAUCGAGCGAUUACUGGACGUGAAGGGGGCGCGAGAACUCAAUCC